GCCACGUGACCCCACAAAAGAGUCAACGAGUGGAUGAGAGAGAAAUAUAGGGAGUGGGAGAGGGGGAGUUGACCAGGUGUCUGAAGAGUGAGCUACCGACCCAUCUCUCACACGCUCAAUGGCGUUGAAUUUUUUAAUAAAAUCAUGCAGACGAAAAAAAAAAAAGAUAAAAAAAGGAAUUAGGAAAAGGAAAGAAAAAUGGGGAGAAUUCCAUGCUGUGAGAAAGAAAAUGUUAAGAGAGGACAGUGGACUCCUGAAGAAGAUAAUAAGCUUUCGUCCUACAUUGCCCAGCAUGGCACUCGCAACUGGCGCCUUAUUCCCAAGAAUGCUGGUCUCCAACGAUGUGGGAAGAGCUGCAGGCUACGUUGGACUAAUUACCUGCGCCCGGACCUCAAGCAUGGCCAGUUUUCGGACAUUGAAGAGCAAACUAUUGUCAAGCUACAUUCUGUUGUUGGCAACAGGUGGUCACUGAUUGCAGCUCAAUUACCUGGUCGCACGGACAAUGACGUCAAGAAUCACUGGAACACUAAGCUGAAGAAGAAGCUAUCAGGUAUGGGAAUUGAUCCAGUCACUCACAAACCAUUUUCCCAUCUCAUGGCUGAAAUUGCCACCACUUUGGCCCCACCACAAGUUGCCCAUCUUGCUGAAGCAGCGCUCGGCUGCUUCAAAGACGAAAUGCUUCACCUUUUGACUAAGAAGCGUGUCGAUUUCCAGCUUCAACAGGCUAACAUACCACCCGGAACUUCCACAGGAACUUACAUACACGGCAAAGAAAAUGAGAGAGAUGGUACUGUUGAGAAUAUCAAACUUGGUUUGUCAAGAGCCAUUCAACAGCCUGAUCUCAUCCCCCCUUAUAAGCCUUGGAGUUCUGCUGAUUCAGCAGGGACAAGCAAUUGUUUCCCACAAUCGACAUCGGGAUUUCAAUAUGCUCCAUUGACGUUCGGCAACGAGGGGGAUGGGUCGUCGUGGAGCCAGAGUAUAUGUACGGGAAGCACGUGCACAGCAGGAGAACAGCAAGGGCAAUUGCAUGAAAUCCUUGAAGAAAAUGAAGAGGGUCUAUCAGAGGGUGGAAAAGAGAUAAGAAAUGGGACAAGUAUAUUCAGUUCAGACUCAGUGUUGUGGGAUUUACCAUGUGAUGAUCUGAUGAAUCCGAUAGUUUGAGGAAGAUGAAACCAAAGAAAUUUAAAAUGCCACAAAAAAGAGUAUCUAAAAAAUAAAUUCUAUCACAUUAAAUGAUGAAACUGUGAAUAGAGCUCACUUUAUGGGCUACAAUAAAAUACAUUCAACAAAGGGUUACAACAGUUUUUUUUUAGUUCA